CACACCUUCUUCCCUCCUUUGACACGUCCCACACGAUGGCGGAACCAAUACCCUCGGCGUCUACAGCCGCAGAGGCCGGCGAUGAUGAAGUUGCUCAGAACCUCCCUGCUAACGCCGAAGACCGCAAGGCCGCGGCUGCUCUUAAUGCGUUGAACGCCGCCGAAAUGUCACAGGAGAACGGAGAAACAGCCAACAAGAAGCCCUCGGCCGCACAUCAGGAGGCAUUGGGCAAGGCAAUGUCGAGGCUCGAGAUCGCAAGCGGUGUCAGCAAGAAGAAGGAGGACACUAAAAAGACCGAAGCGAAGAAAGAGAUUGACACAAAGAAGAAGGUCAAGGUUGCUGCUGAGGACGUCAAUUUCCUGGUCGAAGAGCUAGACCUCUCAAAGACGAAGGCUACAGAACUUUUACGCUCACAUGACGGCAAUGCGAACUUGGCUGUCAAGGCUUUCAUAACACCACCUACAAAAGCAUAGGAAGCCACCCCUUCUCGAGGAUCAAAGUAAAGGGCGAGGGAAACACCAGCCGCCAGCCUGGUAGGAUAGGUGUCCGGAUCGAGGUCGUGUUACCAGGCUGGGUGAGAAGCGUCGUGCGUCGUGCGUCGUGCGUCCGAACUACGGCGCAGGCUGCUUCUGCGCUGCCCAGUCUUCCUCCCGCCAUGAGGUUUCCAUGACCAUCCAGCCUGCGUGGUACGAUUUGGUCACCUGGUUGCGCCGGCACGCCAGCAUGCAACAGCGAAGGAACUGCGAAGCCUACACCCUGUUCUUCACGGAGACUAUGGAAGGCAGCAGCAGGGUGGCUCUCGACGCAGAUUGGGAUCACCCCUCGUUACCUUCUGGAGCCAUAUUGACUGAAUCACUCAACGCUUAUAAGAGUGGUAUGGUUGCAAGGAGCGACCUGCCGUUGGCAAGGUGCACCUCGAGCGGUGAACAAUUGCCGCUUCCUUGUUAUAUGCUCGGCCGAGAUUUCGAGCUCCGCUUUCUUUGCAGCGGCUGGCUCAUCUUCGGCUUAUAGCUUUCGAAAUGUGUAAAAGUUGCUGACAAUCUAUGCAUGUGCCCAACACUGAUCCCACUUACCGUGUCUGAAGCCAAUAGAAUGUUUACAUAGACGUGCCGUGCAUGAGAAGCCGGUGCUUGCACAUGAGGAGCUGUCCCGGAGAAGUGUAUGAUGGCACCCAUGGAGUUGUCUUGGCACGC